GAAGCGCGCCUGUGCAGAAAUUCGCAGUGGUAACGAAGCGACUUCCAAUCACACGAAGCAGUGUUCUUGCGACAACCGUCCACCGUAAAUGAAAACAACGGAACUGGAAACACGCCAGGUAAAGGGAGCUGGCAAUGUUUCUGUUGAGGUGUAGCCUCAAGUUGUUUCGACGUCCUGCAACAAAGGAUAAUUGAAAUUUUUUAACGGGCGGACAGCCACAAGGACUCGAGUGCGAAUUCGCGAACGAGCCCAAGCGCCAAGACUUCUGAGUUGUAGUGAUAGCGUAACCAAAACUGCGAGAGCAUAUCCGUCUUCGCCUUCGACGUUUCCGAGUCUAGAGAUUGGCUCGGACUGCACGAAAAGAUGGGAAGGGAAAAUGGCCACGAAUCGGAACGAGAGCGUUGUCGCUACCCGGAGGCGCGACGCGGCCUGGGAAGAAGCCCGCGUUCCUCGCGCGGCCGAGGAAGAGACCACGUUCCAUGCUUAUCAAAGAGGGAGACGAGUUCGGUCGAAUCUGAUCGCGGCCGCGAACGAGCCUGGCGCAAGAGGCAUGCUCGCGAUAGUAGUCCCAAGACGUCAUCGGGGUCACCGGCGCCAGCACGUUCGAGGCAACGGGAAGAGGUACCCGCAAAAAAGGAGGCACGCUCGCGAACCCCUUCAGACUCUUCCGAAAGAGUCAGCGACGGCGAACAGCCUAAGUGUCGACAGUUAUGUGGUGAGAAGGAACCGGGGACGGAAGAAGAAAGGGAACAGUAUGGCCGGAAGGUGCGAGAGUGGAGGAUGCGGGAGAUGACUGCCUACGAGGAAAGACUGCAGGGUUGGAGGAGGAGGGAGCGAUUAAUGUCCAAGCUGCGCAAGCGCAAGCAAAUUGGGAAACAAAUAAAGCAGAUUGAAGCCGCGAAGAUAGGACGACUAUUGGAGGCGUUUAUGGAACAUUACAACGAUGAAAGGGAUGACGUCAAAUAUUAUUCGGGUACUGCUCUGUGGAUUCGAAGGCGGUUCCGUGAGAAAGAGAUUUUGAUGGACAUGCGAGACCGUGUGCGAGAACGCCGAGAUCUCGAAGAAUUGCGCUCAAAGGAGACGGCGAAGGAACCGUUAUGCAGCAAUGCUGAAGAGAAGCGCACCGACAUAAGGGAACUGCCAGACGAGAUAGAGAGUCAAGUUCCUCCUAGCAUGUCGAGUGAUACGGGCGAGGAUGCUACGCCAAAGAUUGAAGCAUCUGUCUGCAUAGAGAAGCCGUCAUCGCCAUUAACUUUGCAUUCAGGUCAAGGCGGCCCUACGAAUGAGGUUCUCGCCGCUUUCGUCUUCACUGUCGCCACCGCCGUGGGACAGCUCGGCCCUCAAGGCCAGUUCAUCCUCAGGCGUCCUGGGACCGUCGUGGCCGCCGGUGCCGGCCCUGGCGCUUCCUCGCCCGAGCCCGUCUACCCGCCGCAGCCGUACAGUUUCGGCUACGACAACGUGGACGAGUACGGCACGCAGUCCUUCCACAAGGAGGAGAGUGACGCCAACAAUGUGAAGACCGGAUCCUACGGCUACCGGGACGUCAACGGCACCUACCGGAAGGUGACCUACGUGGCCGACGCCGACGGCUUCCGGGCCACCGUCGACAUGAACGAGCCGGGAACCGUUACCGGCCACACCGCCGACGCGGUCUUCAGCUCCAAGCAGGGCCCCGUCCUGGGUGCGGCCAAGGCGGCCUCAGCUCCCGCCGCUGUCUACGCUGCGUCGGACCGGGCUCCGUUGUCUCGGGGACAGCCCACGCGCGUAUUUUUUACAAAUUGAUGCAGAAGCAAUG